AAGUUCUUGUUAGCUGGUUUUUAUAUAAGCGAAAAGAUGCAGGGGCCUCACCAGAUGAUGAAUCUGUUCAUUCUCAUUAUUUUGGUAUUCCAGACCUUGAGUGUCAACUCCGUUCUUCGAAAGAGCCUGGAAAAAUGCAAAGAUUAUUCGAAAUUGGUUUAUUCCAUCGAAACUGCUCCUGUUCUUCGAAUUGGAGUAGAAUAUAAGCCAGUGUCGAAAUGCGCUAUUAUUGAAACACCUUUAAUUGUCGGUGGCGUUAAGACGAAGCCUCAGGAAUUUCCGCACAUGGCAGCAAUUGGGUUUGGUAACGGAAGUAAUAUAUCGUGGCAAUGUGGAGGAAGUGUCAUAUCUGAAAACUUCAUUUUAACAGCCGCUCAUUGCUUGGAAUCGCCAGACAACGGUCCAGCCUCAAAAGUUCGAGCAGGUACAAUCAAUAUAAAAUCUGUUGACACUGGUAUGCAAGAAAGAGAUGUGAUCGAAAGAAUAAAUCAUCCUGAUUAUAAAUUGCCAUCAAGAUAUAACGAUAUAGCUUUGUUGAAACUUAAUAAGCCUUUGGAACUCAAUGCAAACGUUCGACCUGCUUGCUUAGAGAUUGCACCACAACCACCUGGAAAAUCUGCAAUAGCUACUGGCUUUGGUAAAACUUCAUACGAAAAUGCCGAGGGUAGCGAUGAUUUAAUGAAAGUACAGCUUGACUAUGUGUCACAAGAAAAUUGCACUAACAGCUUUAAAUCUGACAUCGGUAGUAAGCAAAUGCCAGUAGGGAUAACAUUAACCAUGCUCUGUGCCGGUAUUAUGGAAGGAGGAAAAGACACAUGCCAGGGAGACAGCGGUGGUCCUUUGCAAAGAGUCCUAUCAGAGCCUUACUGCAUGUACAGCAUCGUGGGCAUCACAAGUUUCGGAAAAUUUUGCGCCUUCAAAAAUUCCCCUGCAGUUUACUCAAGAGUUAGUUCAUACCUUGAUUGGAUCGAGGGUAUUGUUUGGCCAUAAGAAAUUUAUAAAACUUUAAUUGUAAAAUGAGAUUAAAAUAAAAUAGUUAUUCAAAUAAUGAAAACAAAAAA